AAGGGCCUUUCACAAUUAGCGCACGAGCAGAAGCGACAAAAUAUUCGUACGACCGAAAAAUGUUAUUAGGAUCGUAAACUGUUGCUGAAAUAAUCGCAUAUGAAAAAGUAUUCGUACGAAAUUCGUACGAUCUAAAGCGACCGUUGUGCAUUAAAUCUUACGAUAUAUCUUGCGUCUAUAAGCGACUGUUGUACAAUGAAAGCGAGUGUUGUAAGAUAAUGCUAAAGUAUCGCGCGAGUUAUCAGGUGAUCGGACGAUUGAACGUACACCAAUGUGAUUGGACGUAAAGCGCUCAUACAAUCAUGCGAUUCAUGGUACGACUGAUCGUGCGGGUGAGAAGAAGAAUAUAUAUAUAUACUACCCGUUUCUGACCCUCAUCAAUCAAAUGCAAGAGAUGCCGCCCAAAAAGACAUAAGCUACAAGUAAAGCUAAAGUAAGCCGUAGAAAGAAGGCCCAGGGGGAGGAGGAGGUCCAGGACCUGCCGCAGCAGCCGAGCCCUGUUCAUACUGAGCUUGUCGACGCGGGGGAAGAGCCACCAGACCACCCAAUUGAACCUUUACAACCCGAUGGGUACAGUGAGGAUGAGGACGAGGAAGAUCCUUGCAAGCAUAAAUCCUUAGACCUAACUCCAGAGCAGGAACAAGAGUUAGCAGACUUUUUCGAAGAACCCCUGCUUCUAUGAUAAAAGUCGGAGUGACUUUAAAAACACCAAGAAAAAAGAUCGCCUGAUUCAAGAAAAGGCAGUAGCUAUGAAUUUGACUGUAUCAGACAUCCGGCUCUGGUAUAGAUCCCAGCGGACCAUCCUGGGCAAGGUCCAGAAAAAGAAGAGUGGCCAGAAAAGGUGCAAUCUCACAGCCAGGCAGAAGUGGGUGGAAACAAACUUAGGCUUCCUGAGAAGACACAUAGUGCACCGGCCACAGGGAUCCCAGCUCGGACAAGUACCAGCUGAUGAAGAGGACGAGGAUAGUAAGCCCUCCUCCUCGGUUACACGGGCACCCACCAGAAAGAAGCAGAAAAAGAAGGACUUGGAUACAGCAAUCAUUGACCUGCUGGAGAGGACUGACAGGCAGACGGUUGACCUGACUGCAAAAGUCGACGCAGCAAUGAGUCACAGCAGCGACGAGAAGCAGGCCUGGGUGAACUGGAUGUUGCAAGCCCUCCAACCCCUUCUCGACAUCUCUGGCGGGACUUCACGAAAGAGGCGUUUGCUCUCGUCAGCAAGUACCAGGACAGGGCGGAGAAUGAGCAGCGGGAGCACUUUGCACUGCAGCCUCUGCAAAAACCACACAGACCAGCGACCCCCCAGAUGGUUUCAGUCAGACCAGCGUCAGUGCCCGCCCAAUGGCCUCAAGACCUCACACAGAUGCAGCUCCAGUCCCAGCCCCAGAUGUACAACCAGAUGUAUCCACAGUCUUCAGAUGUUCUGGCCGCCGCCGCCCAUACCCUGAAUGAGGGAUAAGUGUAGUCUAAGAAGCAGCAGAAGAUUCUGAUUUUGUAUAUGAAUGUAACAUUAAUAAAGAAGUUGUAAUUUUUUUUUUGCAUAAAGAUGUAACUAAUAAAAAAUAAAACAUGUCACAUUUUAAAAUAAUUUUGUUUGUAGUCUCGCCUCUCAUUGGUUGAUUUCUAUAAAGGGACUCAAAUUAUUUUGUAUAAUUUGGUUUGGUAUGGGGACACACCCUCUUGAUGACCAGCUUAAAGAUCUUAUACAUUUAAUCCCCUCAUUUCCAGUCCUCGGAAUGCAUUGAAAAUUCCAGAUUUU